UUUUUUUUUUUUUUACUUUUCUUAUUCAUCUCUUAUUAUUCAUGUAUAUAAACAUUUAUAUGGAUAAUUCUGAACAUAAUCUAUUAUCAGCAUGGCCAAUCAUUUCAAGUGUUAUUGGUUGGUGUUAUUUUUUAGCUUGGUCAAUUAGCUUCUAUCCUCAAGUUAUUCUAAAUUGGCAAAGAAAAAGUGUAAAAGGUCUAUCAAUGGAUUUCCUUUAUUAUAAUGUAUAUGGAUUUUUUUGUUAUUGGGUCUUCAAUAUAACUUUCUUUUUUAGUAAAGAAAUUCAAAAAGAAUACAGAGAAAGAAACGAUUCAAAAGAAAAUCUUGUUCGAUUUAAUGAUGUCAUGUUUGCUACACAUGCAUUAUUUAUUUCUUUCUUUACUUUAAUUCAGACAUUUUAUUAUAAGAAAGAAAAUACACAAAAGAUAUCCAAAAUAGCAAAGUAUUUCAUUUUAGUUACAUCAAUGGGAAUACUUGGAAUGGUCUUGAUUAUCAUUUUCUUUGGUGAUAGUAUAAUGAUGUGGAUUGAUUUAAUAUAUUAUUUAAGCUAUAUCAAGUUAACUAUUAGUUUAAUCAAAUAUAUUCCUCAGGCAUGGCUUAAUUUUAAGCGUAAAUCAACUGCAGGCUGGAGUAUUUAUAAUAUAUUAUUGGAUUGUACGGGAGGCGUGUUGUCCAUGACUCAGUUGAUUAUUGAUUCAUCUUUAAAAAGUGAUUGGAAUGGUAUAUUAGGGAAUCCAGUUAAAUUGUACGUAUAAUCGGUUACUCUGAAAUGUAUAUAAACCAAGCUUUAAAUUUGUAUUGUAUAAUAUAAUAGAGGUUUAGGAUUACAAUCAAUUGCAUUCGAUAUUUUAUUUAUAAUACAACAUUAUAUACUUUAUCGUAAUUAUGAAGAUGCUACCUAUUUAAAUACAGUUGAUGAAGAAAGGAGAAGAUUAAUAGCUGAAGGGCGUGUGCCUAGACCAAUAGAGGAAGAAGAAGAAGAAGAUGGAAUUAAUUAUCCAG